GGUCAAGGGAGAACCCCUCGCGAGGAUGAAGAAGAUUUUAGGCUUCGGCAGCAGGAGAGAGCUGUCUCCCUCUCGAGCCUCCUUCCCCCCGCGGAGGGACAGCGGGGUCCGAGCUUUCGGCCCUAACUCAGGAUACCUCGUCAGAGCCAAGGACCUGGGGAAGAUCCACAAAGCUGCCUCCAUCGGGGAUGUGGCGAAGGUGCAGCAGCUGCUGCUGCUGGGGAAGUCCGGCGUGAACGAUCGGGAUAAAGUGAACCGGACGCCUCUACAUCUUGCCUGUGCUAAUGGAUAUCCAGAUGUUGUUUCUCUCUUAGUAGAGAGAAAAUGCAAUCUAAACCUGUGUGACAAUAACAGCCAAACACCUUUAAUUAAGGCAGUAGAGUGUCAGCAGGAGGAGUGUGCUACUAUCCUGCUUGAACAUGGAGCAGACCCUAAUCUUGUGGAUGCCAACAACAACACUGCACUUCACUAUGCUGCCGCUGGACGAAACACAGCUAUAGCAGCAAAGCUGCUCAGACAUGAAGCAGCUAUUGAAGCAAAAAACAAGGAAGGCUAUACACCAUUUUUGCUUGCAGUUACAGAAAAUAACCAAGAUACAGUUGAUUUUUUCUUAAAGAAUGGAGCAAAUGUGAAUGCCUCAGAUAGGUUUAAAAGUCAUCACCAACUAAUUAAACAGUAUGGACCACAGAAGGCACUUAAUCAUAGUAACUUAGAUUCAAAUAGAGUGGAAGAAAGUUCCCUAGAGGAAUCUAUAAGCAGACUGUCUGACAAACCUGGGGCUGAUGAUUCCUGGCCAACCACAGAUGAAGAGGAAUUAGAUUUUAGUACUAAGAAACUCCCCAAGUCAAACUUAACCAAAAUAAUAAAUGCUUCUCAGCAAAUAAGGAAAAACAUUUUUGUUAUUUUACAGUGCUGUUACGUAUUUUUAUGGGACAAAGUACAGAAGGAAGCAGAUGGUCUUGAUGUCCUCACUCAGUCAUCUGACACAGCUACAAAGGAUUAUGAUUUACCUCCCUUAAACUAUAAGAAUGUUUUAUUAUUGAUUGAACAACUUAGUGUUGAUUGUAAAGAUCUUAUUAGCCUUUUGAAAAUUCAGGAUGCAGUUCUUAGAUUUGGACAAUCAAUAGAACUUAAAAAAGGACACUGUACACUACUCACCAGAAAAGUUAAGAGUUUAGAAAACAAGAUCACUGGACUACAGGAAGAAUUAUCAGAAUCAAGAGAAAUGAAAUCCCAGUUAGAGCAUCAAAAAGCAGAAUGGGACAGAGAACUCUGUAGUCUCAGGUUUACGCUGAAGCAAGAGGAAGUAAAGCGAGUGACUGCAGAAAUGCUAUUUGAAAAAAUAAGAGAACAGUUAAGAAGAAAAGAAGAACAAUAUAGUAAAGAAGUGGAGCUAAAACAGCAACUUGAAUUCACUCUUAGAACUCUGGACCUUGAACUGAAAAGAGUUCCUAAUAGCAAUGAAAAAGAAAAAUAUCUGCUGCAUAGAAAUCAAACCCUACAGGAUGAAGUUGCUGUAUUUAAACUGGAGUUAGACACAGUAAAAAUUAAGGAUCAAGAAAAAGAAAGCCAAUAUACAGAAGAAAAUGAAGUUUUAAAAGAAAAGAAUGAUGAGCUUCAAAAGGAAUUAAAACUGAAUGAAGAAGCAUUAACAAAAACAAUAUCCCAGUACAGUGGACAAGUAAAUGUUCUGACAACUGAGAAUGCAAUCCUGAACUCUAAAUUGGAGAAUGAAAAACAAAACAGAGACAGAUUAGAGACAGAAAUUGAAUCAUACCGUUCCCGUCUGACUUCUGCUAUUUGUGAUCAUGAACAAAGUCAGACAUCAAAACUGGACCUUGAACAUAGCUUUCAGCGAGAACGAGAUGAGUGGCUUCGUUUACAGGACAAACUAAAUUAUGACUUGUCUAGUCUAAGAGAGAAGAAUGGUGUCCUUUCUCAAGAACUCUCUAAAGCUGAAAGUAAUGCCAAUAGUUUAGAAAAUGAGCUACACCAUGUAUGUGAUUCUCUCAGAGAAAAGACACUCAUUUUAGAAAGCAUACAGAGAGAAUUAAACCAGGCCCAAUAUAAAGUAAAGGAACUGGAACACACAAAUCAAAUGGAAAAGGAAAAACUGAACAAAUGUAUCAUCAAAUAUGAAUCUAUCCAAGAAAGAUUAGCCCAAAUCCAGGGUGAAAAUAUGUUGCUUCGGCAACAGCGUGAAGAUUCCCAAAAAGAAGAAACCUUUAAAGAAAGGGUAUUGAGAGAUGCCCAGGUACAGUUUAUUGAUCUCUUCAAUAAACUUCAUGCUGAUAUGGAAAAACAAGUUCUUAUGGUAGAAUGCAGAAAUAAAGAGUUAAUCAGUGAAUGUAAAUACUUAAAAGAUCAAAUGUGUAAAUAUGAAAAUGAGAAAGCAGAAAGAGAAAUAAUUGGGACAUAUUUCUAUCAGGAUACAGUAAGAAAGCUUCAACAAGAACUUGCUGAUUCCAAAAAAAACCAACCUGUGACAGAAGCUUCACUAGAGGCUACAUCACUUUUUCGAAAUGAUUUAGAAGAUGUGAAAAAACUACAGAACGAAACAGAUCAGACCAAAAGUAAAAUUAAUACUGAAAAGGAAAAAUUACAGAAACUCAUUGAGAUAAAGCAAUCUCUGGAAAAUCGUGUAGAACAAGAAAUGAAGAGAAAUGAUGAAUUACACAAAGACCUCAGUGGAUUUAAAAAACUAUUGAAAACAACACAAAAGAAAUUAAGAGAAUACGAAAAAGGAGAUGUUUAUGAGGAGAGAUGGAUGCAAACACAUUCUGAAAUGGAUAGACAAAUUAAUAAGUUAAAAAAUAAGAUUGAAAACCUUACACAACAAUUGGAAGCAGCAUCUUCAAAAUGUAAACAGUAUAAAUCAAUUAAUCAAAGUCUUCAAGAAGAGUUAUUUUCUAUGAAAAUCUUACAAAAGAAUUGUGCCAAGCUGCAAGGGAAUAAAAGACAAUUGGAAGAAGAAGUCGUCAAUCUUAGGCAUCAUUUGGAAAUCACUAAGCAAGAACGCAGUCAAAUAGCACAAUACAAACGUGAGAUUGAAGAAAGAGCAAGGAAGGUGACUGUUGAAAAACUAAAAAAAGGCAACCUAUUCUUAUAGAUACAAGCAGCAUCUCAAGAGAACUUAGAACAAUUAAGAGAAAAUAACAGUGCUUCCCUAAGAAACCAAAUGGAGCAACGAAUUAGAGAUCUGGAAUCCGAACUCUCCAAAAUGAAAAAUUCACGUCAAGAGUCUGCUGAAGCAGAGCUAGAGAGAUACAGACAGCUUUAUUCUGAAGAAUUAAAACUCAGAAGAUCAUUGUCAAACAAAUUACACAGAAAUAGUGAGAGGCUAACUGAGGUGAGUCACCGACUCCAGAAAGAAAAACAAAAGAAUAAAAUUUUAAUCAACAGUUUUACUGCAAGUCCAGUUCUGGAGCCACCACAUGUUGGGAAUGUUAAUACCAGUAUGCUCCUCAGUAGAAAUCUAAUUCCAAGAGGAAAUUUAGUAUAUUCUACUGGAAAUACCAUGUCUUCAGAAAGCAGAGUGGAGGCCUACUUGGCAAGGAUGCAGCAGGACUUGGUAGAAGGCAUAGCUAGGGAACUUGAUGAAGCUACAUCUGAACUUGAAUCUAGAUCUUGAAGGACUUCUCCAAUAGGAUCUCCAAAUGAAUCUAGGCCAGACCUCCCCACACUUCAGUGCAGCACAGAGCAGCAGGUGUCCUCCAGCAGCAGACCUUCCCUUGCUUCAGACCAGUCCUGCUGCAGGCUGGCAGGCAUACUCCAGCAGCCAGAUUUCCCCCUGCUUCAGCACUGCCGCAAGCGAGCAGAUGUCCUCUAG